CCCUUUUUAUCGCUCACUCGCAGGCGCCAUUUCGACGGGAGGCGGUUCGGUUUUAUGUGAGAGAGAGAGCGAGAGCGGGUAGCUUUCGACAAAUUAUAACAAACUUCUACUUGUUGUAUCAGUUAAUCGGGACUUGAGCGUUUUGUAGACACGUUAUAGAUCAGUUUAGCGAGCGAAGAAGCCGUUCGAACAGAAGGACAUUUGGAAUCGAGGUCAGGAGAGGCCUGGGCAGUAGGAGCAGACCAUCACAGAGACGAGACGGUUUGGGAGGGGGUUGAUCAAUAACACAUCGAGUAGUUUGUGUUUAAGGUUGACUGACUGACAAAAUGGCAGACGAUUUCGAUAUUGAAGCCAUGCUUGAGGCUCCUUACAAGAAGGAUGAGAACAAGUCGAGUAGUGCCAAUUGUCAUGAGGAGCGCAGUAAGAAGAAAAAGAAGAGUAAAAGUCGCAGCAGGAGCCGCGACAGGAAGAGGAGCAAAAGUCGGGAUCGUAAGAAGAGCCGCGAGAGAAAGACGAGCAAGAGUCGUGAGAGGAAGCGCAGCCGUAGCAAGGAACGCCGCCGCAGCAAGUCACGAAGCAGAGAGAGGGGAGGCCGAUACCGAGUGCGCAGGAGUCCAUUUGCUGGGCCGAAAUUUAACGGUGGCACCAGAGGGAAGAUUGGCCCACCACCUACCAUCAAACUAAGUAGGAGACGUUCUAGAAGCAAAAGCCCAUUUAAGAAAGACAAGAGUCCUGUGAGGUGGGUAAAAUGUGAUAAUUGGGGACUUCUUUCUCUACGUGCCUGUCAUUGUAUGCAGCUGGCAGCAAGAAUUCGACCACGAGAUCUGGAAGAGUUCUUUUCAGCAGUGGGAAAGGUGAGAGAUGUGAGGAUGAUUUCUGACAGGAACUCGAGAAGAUCAAAGGGGAUUGCUUAUAUAGAAUUUGUGGAAGCAAGUUCUGUGCCACUGGCAAUUGGCCUUACUGGUCAAAGGCUGCUGGGAGUUCCAAUCAUUGUUCAAGCAUCACAGGCUGAGAAGAACAGGGCAGCAGCUUUAGCCAACAACUUACAAAAGGGUAAUGCUGGACCAAUGAGACUCUAUGUGGGAUCUCUGCACUUCAAUAUCACUGAGGAAAUGCUGCGAGGAAUCUUUGAACCUUUUGGCAGGAUUGAAAGUAUUCAGUUGAUGAUGGACAGUGAAACUGGACGUUCAAAAGGAUAUGGCUUCAUUACAUUUUCAGAUGCAGAAUGUGCUAAAAAGGCUUUGGAACAGUUGAAUGGAUUUGAGCUGGCUGGCAGACCUAUGAAAGUGGGACAUGUGACUGAGCGAACUGAUGCAUCAAAUGCAAGUUCAUUCCUUGAUAGUGACGAGCUGGAAAGAACUGGGAUUGACCUUGGAACUACUGGUCGUUUGCAGUUGAUGGCCAGGCUUGCAGAAGGUACUGGUUUACAGAUCCCACCGGCAGCACAACAGGCCCUUCAGAUGAGUGGAUCAAUCGCCUUUGGUGCUAUGGCAGCAGUAACAGAUUUACAAGCCAGGCUUACCCAACCACCUGACGCUGCUAUGAAUCCUGGCUUGAACUUAGCCCUUAACCUGAACCCUGCUAUGACCUUACCGACACAGCCUCUUGCAACACAGUGCUUCCAGCUGUCCAAUAUGUUCAACCCUCAGUCGGAGGAUGAUCCAGAAUGGGAUGUAGAGAUUCAAGAUGAUGUGAUUGAAGAAUGCAAUAAACAUGGAGGCGUGGUACACAUUUAUGUUGAUAAAAGUUCACCACAAGGAAAUAUUUAUGUGAAAUGUCCUGCUAUUUCUGCUGCCAUGGCUGCUGUUAGUGGAUUACAUGGACGAUGGUUUGCUGGUAAAAUGAUCACUGCAGCGUAUGUUCCACUUGCAACCUACCACAACCUUUUCCCAGAGUCCGUGAUGGCUACUCAGCUGCUGAUGCCUAUUCGACGAUGAUGGAUCAAAGCCAAGAAAAAACACUGUAGUUGAAAAUGACAACAGUCUUGGAUUAUGUAUAAUAGAGCAGUCAAUCUUUUUCACUGAAUUAAAAUUGAAAAUAGUUUUGAUCUUAUUUGAUCAGUGAUGGUGAACUUUUAAUAGCAAAUUGCUGCCCUGUCCUUUUUUUACUUUUUUUUUUUAUAUAUAUAUAUAUUGUUAAAAGGAUAAGGAGAGUCAGUCCUUGCAAAGUUUCAUGACAUGAGAUGUUAGAUUGUGAAGUUUUAUUUUAAUAGGAGUAUAUGAACUAUAAAAGGGGCUUCUUGAAAAUGUAUUGAUUUAAGUAAUUUCAAACCCAUGUGUGAAUAUUCUGGUAGAUAUUGUGCGUGAACACUCAACAUGCAUAAUAAAGGGACAACAAUUGUUAUGUACAGCUUGCCUAAUGUUGGGUCUUGUCUGUCAUUGGUCAUUUUAUCAUAUUUCCUUGUAAAUGUUUGUACAUAAUUGUCUUGUGCUUUAUAGAUUUGACAGGCAGAUAUUUUGCAUUUCUUUACUGCAGAACAGUGAGCAAUAUUGGAAGGGUAAGUUGUAUACAUGUAAGAAUGCCAAAAAGUUGCUAUUAAAUAAAAUAACAAAAGUGCAAUAUUA